AUGGGAAAACUAGGCACCUCAAAGGAUUCUUUAUGCCCUCAAACAAAGGCAGAAUCUUCUAAAGUGUCAGGCAAGAAAGAAACCUUUGAAUUUUCACGUGCUAAUUCUUCGUUGCCAAUCACUACUAAGCUUGCCUCUACCACCACAACAACAACAAGCCAUGCGUUAUCAGACCUAUCCUCUCAGCAAAAUCUGCAAAGCCAAAUGAGCUCACUUCUGGGAUUCUCAGCUUCUCCAUCCUUCCCUGCAACUAUUUUUUCUACUAAUAACGGCCAGAGUCGCAGUUCUACGCCUGAACAGAAGGAAAAAGAAAAAGCAAGUCCAGCAAACAAUAACUCUACUACUAUUUUACCGUCAGAAUCUCUGGAAACACUACUGGAUCCUCCUCGGAGCGACGGAGCACAAUCAAACUCUUCUACUGACACUUCACCGGCUCCUUCUUCUUAUUCUUCUCUUUCUUCUACUCGAAAUAUUAGCACAGCUUUAAGCAUUAUGUCAUCAGAACAAGGAUUAAAAGAUGAUCAGACUAAUUGGUCUGCUGCACAAAUACAAAAGGAAAGCCCGCCACCACCACCACAGAAUGAAGAACCACAAACCCCACCCAGACAGCAAAAAACACCUGCAGAGACAGCCUCGUCAACACCGACAUUAAGAGACAGACUAAGUGAAAAAACAGCAUUAAUUUUUAACACGAUUUCAGCUGUCAAUAAUUCCAAAGACAAGCGUGCAGCAGUCAACGAGGUUGUUGCAGACAUAACUUCACACGUGCGCUCAAAAAGCAUUAAUAGUCUCUCUUCGCUGGCUGGCGGGCUUGGGUCCUGGGCUGUACCAACUGCAGUCACUGCUUCUGAUUCUGAAACUGCCAAAACGGAUGCCUCCUCUGGAACCGAGCUGUUGGAAAUACCCUUGAAAAAAAGAGACAAUUCUGUUUUUGCUACAAGUCCUAGUAUUUCCACUUUUAAUGAACAAGCAAAUACUUCGUUCAAAAGUGGCACAGAUAAUGAUGAAGAUACUAAGGAGUUAGGCGACGAUGGUGCCGGAUAUUAUAGUGACGUAAACCGUACUGGUGUCGCGAAUCCUUAUACAGGCAGUGUUGAGGUUUCUUCAGAAAGCAGUGUGGUUAGCUCCACCCGAACAACGGUUCCCGGAACUCCGCGCGUUGUAGAUGUUUCUGCAAAAUAUGAAAGAUAUUCAGAUACCCCUAAAUCUGCGGGUAAAAUCUCACCCAAGGUUGAGCUCAAAAAUACCCCUCAAGGCGUCCAUGUUAAUACGGGAGGUUCAGUCCCAGUCAAAUCACCUGCAUCCGCAUGGAAACGCGAGACUGAUCAAUCAUUUCAUAUUUUGACUUUAGGCUUGGCUCAAUUAAACAAGGACCCGCAGUUGGGUCGUGCGUUGACGGUCCAUGGCCUUGGUCGUCUGGCAGGUGCUGUUCUUUCUGAGCUUGAAAAGGGAUCGGAUGGCACCCAAAAGCUUAGUGAACAUGAACAUGAGCAAAUGCUUGUUACUUGUUUAACACCAUUGAUGCGGGGAAGAACAUUUUCAGUUCAGAUGGACCCCGAAAAGCCUGGAACUAGUUCUGUUACUAUUGAAGAAGCAAGCAAUGGUCGACUAAAUGGAGAUGAAGAUAUUAGCCAGGUACUUUCAGCAUUGAAAGAAUCACCUGCAAGACGAAAUAGCAUGGAUACAUCAUCGGACACUCUUGUUCAGUCGUCUAAGCAAACCACACCUCUAAGUGGCAAAAGAGUCCGCAGACUUUCUCAUCCAUAUGGAUCCUCUCCGUCACCUCCACCGGUGUACGAGCCACAGAACUUUGCUGAACGGUUUGUUGUAACAUCGGUGCGUUCUGGUUGUCUUGCUUUCAAGACUGCAGCACCUUAUGCCAAGGAACUUAUUGGCGCACUUGCUGCUGAAGAACGCAGACUACGGAUUUUGGAAAAGUUGGGCACGCUAGCUAUCAAUGCUAUCCGAAUUGCAUUUUUUGCAGCUGUUCUGAUUACAAGUGUACUAAAGAAAGUGUUGCUUGAUAGCGAAUUUGGUCGUAGAAUCGGGAAAUCACUUCAAGGGUUAUUAUUGGCAUUUGUUGUAGGACUAAGUCAGUCAAUGAUCAUUAUGGCUGCUGGAAUCAAUAAUAAUGAUGGUGGAAGAUGGAAAGGAGAUUACUAUUAUGAUGGCGAUGAGUAUGAAGACUGUGAACAGUAUGAAGAUGAGUCUGUGAGCGGAGAUGGCUACGAAGAGGAUGAAGAAGAAGAAGAUGAUGAUGAUGAUGAUGAUGAAACGACACGGGUUCAGUAUCAAGAAGAUAGUGGGAAGGACUCCUGGUGGACCACUGCCCUUAAAAUGGGGAAUGCCAGUGGUAUGCCCAUCUUAUCAAGCUAUACGGCCACUUUUUAUCCUGAAAAGGGUAAUGGAGUUUCCAGUGGAAGCUCAGCUUACUCUCAAAGCAACCCGGGCCAGAGCUCAAUAAAGCGUCGCACACAGUCUCGUUUGCAAAAGGAAAGGGCGGCUCCAACACAACAAGAUACUGCUUCUGGGCUAGUUACACCGUCUUCUUCAGUUAUAGCAGCGGCUGGGUGGACAAUGGAUCAGUUGGAUAAGCUUUGGGCUACAUAUAAUGCGCAGCAAGCGCAGGCUCAGUUUCACCAGCAGCGACAGCAGAGAAGAUCGCCAAUAAAGCCUAAAAGAGCAAAUGGGAGUCUUGGAGCUAAGACCUACGGACCCAAGAGAAGUUGA